AUUUUCAUUUAGAAUGCGAAGGCGGCGGACCCUGAAAUUCAAUUAAAAAUGGGAUAUUUUCAUUUUUUUCUCUUCAUUUUUGGCUCCAGAAUUUAUCCCUCAUUCCUCAGUUACGUGAAGCAGAGUCUGACACGAUUCUUCUUCAUUCUCUGCCUUCUUUGUGCUUGUUUUUUCCCCCUUAUUUUUUGUUUUUCUCUCGUGGACGGAAACAAUGGUGGUGGGCGUUCUUGCUCUACAAGGAUCUUUUAACGAGCACAUUGCCGCGUUGAAAAGGUUGGGAGUGAAGGGGGUGGAGGUUAGAAAGCCCGAGCAGCUGCAGGGCGUGAAGGCCCUCAUCAUCCCAGGCGGCGAGAGUACCACCAUGGCCAAGCUCGCCGAAUAUCAUAACCUGUUUCCUGCAUUGCGAGAUUUUGUGAAAAUGGGAAAGCCAGUAUGGGGAACAUGCGCUGGCCUUAUUUUUCUGGCCGAUAAAGCUGUAGGGCAAAAAACUGGUGGACAGGAACUAAUUGGUGGCCUUAAUUGUACAGUUCACCGGAAUUUCUUUGGCAGUCAGAUUCAAAGUUUUGUGGCGGAACUUUAUGUUCCAGAGAUUGUGGCUAACGAAGGAGGUCCUCCAAACUUCCAUGGUGUGUUCAUCCGUGCCCCUGGAAUCAUUGACGUAGGUUCACAAGUACAAGUGUUGGCAGAAGUUCCUGUUCCAUUUGAAAAAGCUGCUAAAUCAAAUCCUACUGAUGAAAGUUUAGAGGAUAAUACUGAAUCUGAAAAGAAGGUGAUUGUUGCUGUAAAGCAAGGGAACUUGCUAGCAACUGCUUUUCAUCCGGAGUUAACUGCCGACACCAGAUGGCAUAGUUAUUUCUUGAAGAUGAUAAACGAGACCAGCGAAGAAGCAUCAAGCAGCACGCCCUUGUAUGCCAAGGAUGAGGGCAUACCCGAGACAUUCAAGUUUGAUCUCCCAGUAUUUCAACAAUAACGAAGAAAGACAAAAACAGACGAGUAAGUGCAUGAAAAUGGAUUAUCAAAUUUCACAGUACUUCGAAAAUAGGUCAGGAGCCAACAAAAAUUCUCUUCACACCAACCGCCACUCUCAGAAGCAUGUCUUUUUUAUGCAUGGUUUUAGUAGUUUUUAUUAGUUCUCUGGUUUGCAGAAUAUAUUGUACAAUGAAAAAGUGGUUUUGAGGAUCAAUAGAUAUUUACUGUUUGUGGCAUUAUGAAAUCAGUGUCGAUUCUCCCAGAUAUUUGCAGAAUGUUUGAAUCUGUUUGCAAUUAGUUAUAGUGUGUAUUGGAUGGUUUUCUCUACUGUCCAGUGUUUUGAGUUCAAUUACCCUUGACAGACUCCAAAAUAAUUGUGAAUAAGAAAAUUGUUGAAAUGAUAAGUCUAAAGAGUGAUUGUAUUAGUUUGCUUCAAGAUAGUCAUUUGAUAUUCUUCCGAAGGUCGAACAUUGGGACGCGUUUGGGAAGUGAACAUUAUUUUAAAUAUUGUAUCGACAAUCAUACCGGCAUCAUUGUUUAAUUCGUCCCUUUGUUUUGUAUCAGUAUUUGCAAAUUGCCUGUUUAAUUAUAACAAUGGUUUGAACUUA